UGUUGUUGCUGUCGCAGACAUCUUACUCGUUUCGAUUACAGGAGUUGUCAAUCUUUGGUUGGCUGGAAAAUGCCCUGCGGAGUUGGGAUAGUUCAUUGCUAGCGCGCCCUUAACACCAUUACUCAAGCCUGGAGGUGGUCUUCGGCCUAUUGCAGUUGGCACGGUUUGGCGCAGAUUGGUUUCUAAGGUGGAUGCUUUUUCUGUUGGGAAGGAUAUGACUUCUUACUUAGGAGAUUCCCAAUUUGGAGUUGGUGUUUCUGCCGGAGGGGAAAGUAUUUUACAUGCUGUAAAUAGUCUCCUUGAGUUGAAAGGUCACUCGGACAAGAUGUUAAUGCUGCUUAUUGACUUCUCUAACGCGUUCAACAUGGUGAGCAGGUCUCAGCUCAUCAAGGAGGUUCGUCUUCGUUGUCCAGGUAUUUCUCGUUGGGUAGAAUUUUGUUAUAUGCGUCCUGCUAAACUCUACUACGACCAAUAUAUUUUGUCGUCUGCCCUCGGAGUUCAACAGGGUGACCCUCUUGGUCCUUUGUUGUUUGCUUUGACUCUUCACCCUCUAGUGAAGAAUAUUGCUUCUAGCUGUAAACUCGACUUGCACGCCUGGUACAUUGAUGAUGGUACAAUCAUUGGCGAUACGCUUGAGGUGUCUAAGGCUCUGCACAUUAUUGAAACUGAAGGCCCAGACCGUCUAAUGGUGUUAAACUUUUGGGUGGUCCUGUGAGUUUGGAUUUGAACUUUAUUAGUGAUAUGCUGCUGAGUCGAGUGAACAAGACUGUUCAACUUAUGAUCGCCAUCAAAAAACUCAAGGAUCCUCAAAGCGAGAUGCUAUUACUUCGCAAUUGUACGGGUGUUUCUAGAUUAUAUUUUGCAUUGCGCACUACCAAUCCUGCUGCUCUUCAGCAAGCUACUGAGAUCUUUGACGAUCAUUUGCUCAAGUACUUGAGGCUCCUUAUCACUGGUGAUGGCUCAGGAUUUGGGCCUUUACAACAGAGAUUACCUACCUUGCCUAUCAAAGAUGGUGGCUUUGGUAUAUACACCAUGGCAGACGCCCAAGCCUACUGUUACAUUGCUUCUCAGUGUCAGACGGCUUCAGUGCAAAAGGCGAUCCUUGGUGACCUUUUCCCAACAAAGAAAGGUCAUGCUUAUCAGUUGGCUCUACAGAAUUUCUUUGUCUGCUAGAGAUUCCAUUUUAUGGCAGUGUAACCAAGUUAAGCAUGCUCAAGAUUAUUUAUUGGAAAUUCCUAUUAGUGGUCUUAACCAAUGCCUCGGGCCGAGACAGUUCAGGGCUGUCCUUUGCUACCGAUUGGGUAUCCCUUUGUUUGUUAAGAAUGGUUCAUGCUCUAGCUGUAACAAGCCUAUGGAUAUUUAUGGAGAUCAUGCACUUCACUGUGCUAAGGAUGUUAGGGUUAAGUUUUGACAUGACUUUGUACGUGAUAUAGUUGCUGACAUUUGUUACAAAGCUAGUGUACCUGCGCGCAAGGAAGUUUCUCUGGGGCUUCUGUCAGAUGACGACAAAGAUCUAAGGCCAGCUGAUAUCCUCGUCCUUAACUGGGAAAAUGGUAAGUAGAUGAGAAGCCUAAUCUUGUAGCUAUGCACUGUAGGACAGAGUAGUCAGCUGUUCAAGGCCAUAAUGAGAGAUAGGUGAUGUUGCAGUCCAUAGAAAGCCGUAGAAGGUAGCAAGAAACAACAUCAGUUGAGUCAGUAGUACAUUUUGCAACUAAGAAGUAAUAUAGCAGGUGAAAAUGAGGUGCACUUAAUGUUGUAGUAGUAGUUGGCGUAGCCUCCAGGUAGCAACAGUUGGAGCAGAUAAUUAAGACAACAAACCAUAAAGAAUUGGUUUAGUGUAUUGAAAAUUCUCUCAGUAGUAGCUUUUAAAAGCAUUAAUCCAGAUCAUUGAAUUUUGUGCACAAAUAGCUUGUACGUUUGCAAGAUAAGAAUGAAACUGCCUUUUAUAAUAUUCAGUCACUCACAACAGUAUUGGUCUCUGCAACGUAGAAUCUGAAUGAUAAAGAAAUAUGAAGUACACACCAUCACCAGUACUCGAAAGACAAGUUCAUGC